AUGUCCGCCACCACAGAAAUCAAGAGAUGGGGCAAGGCGGACUUGGAUGCAUUCCUCGGUAGCCUGCCCACGGAGGUAGACACGUCGACGCAGUACCCCGGCUCGUGCCUCUGCGGCGGAGUUCGAUUCUACCUCGCGGGCGAGCCCCUCAAGAAGGUGUUUUGCUACUGCGAUCAUUGCCGCAAGAAUUCGGGCGGGACUGGCCAGCAGUACAUCAUAUACCAGGCGGAGAAUAUGACGAUUGACGAUCCCAAGGGCUACAAGACCGUCUACACUAUCCCGGGAGAUACGGUAACGCUGUUCCCUAAGGAAAAGUACUUUUGCAGCCAGUGCGCAUGCACCCUCAUUGUGAUGCCCCUCAUGUUGGAGCGGAAGCUCGCCUUCGUUCCGACGGGUCUAAUGAAUCAUGGCCUGGACUACUUCAAGCCUGACUUUGAGUAUUUUGCGGAUAAGCGUCCGGCCUUUUUGGCUCCGAUUCCUGGUGCCGGAUCCUAUAAGGUGCAGGCGGGAGAGCAUGUACCUUUGGAUGAUACGUCGGUGCAGUCGUCCAAGUAG